UGUCGUCGAAGCUCGAUGCUCGAUAAAAACAUUAGCCUACCUACGAUGAAAGUGAAAAGUGAAAUCACACGUUAUUAGAACGAUUAUUAUAGUACUUAAAAUUGUCCAGAAGAUUUUACCGCUCCCUUAAUGAAUUACACCAGUGUAUGAUGAAAAUUAUUGUAGUUUUAUCGAUAAUAUAUAUUAUAUGUAUAUAAAUUACAACACAACUCGCAAAACAAUCGAAUGAGAUGUUUGCGUCCAAAAAUUAGUUGCCACAAGAGUAUACGGCGUGGUCCAUCUACGUAUCUAUACAGUUUCGACUGCGGACUGUCAUCUGUUCACGCUGAAUACAAAAUUUGGUUUGGCAUUAUACACUGUAAUAAAGUGUAAUAGUUUUUAAAAAACCCAAGGUUUAUCUUAUAAUUAAUAGUAUAGUUUUUUUUUUUUGGUAAGUUAAAAUCCGUAAACUAUAAUUAGAAUUUAAAAAGUCAGGUCUGCUUGAAGUCAAUUUUUUCAACUUCGAACGGGCGGCCAUUUAUAAUAAUGUUCUUAGAUGUAAUUACUAAUUGUAUUAAUGACGCAAACAAUUUAUGGGUGACCAAAAUAUUUCAAUUAUUUAUAUUGCUAUUAUGAAAUAUCAAUACGAGUUCAGAAAAAUUCGCUCUAUAGUUACCUCCACUGUUCAGGCUUUAUGGCUUUAGUAUCUUAUAAGUUAUAUAUGCAUGAAACGGUGCUUUCAGCUUUGUAGUUGGUUAUAAUUUUUAAGACGCGGACUUCUCAGUGAAAUGAAACCAUUAAUUACUAAUUACAAUAUUAUUGUUAAGAAAAUAAUUGAAAACUACAAUAAUUGCACAAAAACGUUAGGUAGAAGUUAAUAGGAAAUGUGUAUAAUAAUUUCGUUCCGUUAUUUUAUUUAUGCGUACUAUGUAUAAUAUAACAACAGCUAAUUGUUGACUGUUCCUAUACCAUUUUUAUCUUAAAUUACAGAUUAUUUUAAAAUUUUUAAAGUUCAACGAAUAAUAUAAUACCAUCGAAUAUGCCGCAAUAAUAACCGACAUUGAGAUUAUCGAAUUUCCGGUUACCACUUACCCAACCUAUGAUACCACGUUUACCACCUUAAGGGAUUGGACGGGCAAGAAAGAAGAUAAAUCGUGUGCCGAAAUAUUUAAUGUAAUUAUUAUGUAAAAUAUGCGUUUGGUUGUUUUUUUGUCGCAAACCCGCACUUAAAAAUGUCGAGUAUAUACAUUCCCCUUCCCGUCUUUUUGUUUUUGAAAGUCAAAACGUUGUUUUUUUAAAUCGAAAUAUGGUAUAACUUACAAAAAAACAAAAACCUGUUAAAAACCGAAACAAAAACUAAAAUAAUUAUCGCGUACGUACAAAUUAAUAUUUUGUGUUUUCUACCUGGCACAAAGGCGAGUAUAAAAAUUAAUUAACUCAAAAUGAUAUAGUUCACGUUAUAUUAUAAUUUAUAAGCAUAAUAUAAAGCUGACAAUAAUAAAUACCGCGAUAGAUUUAUUCGGUAAUCGGUUUUCUAAGACAACACGAGUGACAAUAAAAAGAUCAUAUUAUUGCGGUUAACAAUGAAACUUUGGUCAUUGCGCAGUGAUAUUAUUAUGUUUGUUAACAAUAAUAAUAUUAUCGAGAAAACGACUUGGUGUUGUGAUCCGUAGAUUGUUAAAAACGAGAAACGACAUUUCUUUUGAUUUCUACACUUUGGUUAGGUAUUAACCGCGAGUGGUAACCUUUUUUAAUUUUUUCUUCCAUAGCGUCGGGUCAUUUUCCGCUUGUGUUACAACUUACGAAUUUCUUCGGUUUUUACUUUUUAUCACCAUUCGUAUUAUAAGAAUAUAACAAAUUACAAUUGGAUAUUAUUGUGUAAUUUAAAUUUCUCAAAUGUAUUUAUAUAAAAAUAAUUAACUAGAUAAAAAAACACAUCAUUCGGUCGAAUGCCGUUGACUAAUAAUUUGUCUGCUAUUGACUAUUCAACCGUGUGGAAAGAAAAUAAUGUUUCUUAUUUUUUUCCCCUCGCCGUUAUACGGAUAAUUUUUUUUUUUUGUAAAAAUAGAAAAACCAAAGAACUUGCGAGAAAAAUAGUGAAGUAGUAGUGUUGUUAUUAUUAUUAUUGUCCUAAAUAUUUUAUCAUGGAUAAUGCCAAUGAAUCUGAUGAAAAUGUCGAAACUAUUAUGGAAGUAGAUGAGUUUGAUGAUAACGAAGAUACAUAUUAUGAAAAUAUGAGUGAAUGUAGUUUGCAAUCUGAAAAUUAUCAAUAUGCAGUGGACGAAGAAUCAAUGGUGAUAGUGGAGGAAGAUGACAUUAGCUCACAUAGUAGUAGUAAUAGUGAACUACUAGAAAUAGAAGACAGACCAAGCGUAUCGUCGGUAAAAAAUUCAUCAGACUUUAACCCAAUUAUGUGUGAUAGUACUGCUGUAAAUUUUAACUCGUCAGGCAUGCACAUAGUAACUAAAAAGAUAAUGCCAUAUACAUCAGUUUCGGAUAUUCCUACAUGUUCAACUAUGUCAUAUGAUAAAAGUGGUUCUUUAGAUUUAGAAAAAAUUGCUGUGCCUAAAAAGACUGAUGUGUCUAAUAUAAAAUUUAAUUCACGAUCUACAUCAUCGAGUAAAUUUAAUAAUACGCCAUUAAUUUCUUUUGUAUCUGCUCCUUGUGUACCUAAAUCAACAACAAUGCCAAGGCUUUUGAAACCGAAAUUAGAAUUAGAAAGUAAUAGCAAUAAGUAUUUUACUAAAACAACACAAGAACUAAAAAAAAUAUCUUCAAACGAUUCAAAAACAGAAAUGUAUGUUGUUCCGCACAACGGUGUUAAUUAUAUGAUUCGAAAAGUAGAAAAAAAUAAACUCGGUCAAACCAUAAGUCCAUCUAUAAAAACCAGUUUUUCAACGUUAAAAAACGUUAAUAAAAGUUUGCAAAGUACAGUAAAUGCAACAAACCAAAAGAGAAAACUUAUAAUUAACACAUCAAAUUCGCAAAUUGAUAAAAAGAAAUUUGUAGCUCGAAUGGAAAAAUUACCCGAUGGCAAGUAUAAAAUGGUACCAGCUCAAGGAAACAUCCCUGGUAAUUUGGAAAAUCUGUUCAAACGAAAUUCUAAUUUUGUUAAACAAAAAAUCGCUCAAAGUACAGCCGCCAGUGAAUUAAAAGUUGGCGGUUUUGUUCAAAUGAACCAAACUACAAUGAAUUCUAUGAACUUGAAGCCAGACACUAACAUUAGACCCUAUCGGAAACAUCAGCAGUCCGGAACAUCAUGGGUUAAUGUUUCUCAAUCAAAUGACGAUAUAGAAAUAGAAUGUUUGGACGAGGAAACGAGUUUACCAACUACAUCCAGUAAUGAUUUCUCAUCAAAUGACAGUGAAAAUAAUCCUGUGCAAGAUGUUAAAGAUGUAUGUUUGCCAGGCUUCAUAAGAAUAUCUCCGAAUUCAUUAGAUACUAAAGUUCCGUUGGAUAGUCAUUCGUUGAGUAUUGCGAAAUACGGAAAAGUUGCAAACAAAAAACAAGUAAAUCAGAUUGGCCUAAAAGUUUUAUCUGUGGAAUCUUUGAGUAAAACAAAGCCAAAUUUAACUGUCAGAAAUUCAAAUGAAAUUGCCUGUUCAUCUGCUGCAAAAGUUGAAUACCAAGUAAUAGAAAACGCUUGUGAAAACAAUGAUUUUGCCAAUAGAGGAGUACAAAGUCUUUUAAAUGAUGAAUCUCGGUCUUCUUUUGGAUCACGAAAUGUUAGAAAACCAAAUAAAAACGUAUCUAGUAAUGAAAAUAACAAGCCUUUAAGGGAACCACCGAUCAGCAGUACCACAGAAAAUAAUCGUUUGGUUGAAAAAACCAAUUCUUUGGAAGAAGAUAAUGAUAAGAUGGGUCAGUUUGUUUCUUGUCAUUAUGAAUAUUGUGAUACACUAGUUCACGAACCAGAAUUAAUCGACAAAUUGUACUGCAGCUUAGCGUGUAAACAAAUGGAUUCCAAAGGAGUGGUGGCCAUCGAAGAGCCCAUAAAUGAACCAGAAGAAGUGUCAAUACCGAUUGCUCCAAAAAAACCUAUUAUAGACCGACAACAGCUUUUAGCUAAGUUGGGAAAUAGAAUUCAUAAAAGAAAGCAGCAGUUGACCGCUCCUUGUCCGGAUAAAAAAGGCCUCAACGAUAGUUGGGACGAACCACUUUUUGAUAGUUCCGGUAGCAUACCACCAAAUGAUGGUUUGUCUUCUCCAUUGAAUUCUCCUCCUACCGAGACUUGUCAUGAAAUGAACAACGACGAAGAAGAUGAUGUCUAUGAUGAUGAAGACGAUGACGACAUCGAUGAUGGAAAUUUAGUAUUUGAUCUUGAAUCUGUCAAAGGUAAUCAAAAAUUAUUAAAUUACAUGGAAGAAAUGCUAUUAACAUCUGCACCAAAAAGUUUAUUCAACAAACCAUUUCCGCUUGAACAAAACUUCUUUAAAGUUGGACAGAAACUGGAAGGUAUUGAUCCUGAACACGAAGCUCUUUUUUGUGUAAUGACUAUUGUCGAAGUCCAAGGUUAUCGAAUUAAAUUACAUUUUGACGGAUAUGCAGAUGAAUAUGAUUUUUGGGUGAAUGCAGAUUGUCCGGAUAUAUUUUAUGCAAGAUGGUGUGAGCAAAACUCGCGUAUUGUACAGCCACCCAAAAAUUAUGUAAAGAGGUUUGAUUGGGGAAGCUAUCUUAGAGAAUGUCGUGCUGUGCCAGCUCCAAAAUGGUGUUUCUCUUCUAUAAAAAAAUCCACAAAUAGUCAGAUAAAACUUUUCAAAAUUGGAGCCAAAUUGGAAGCUCUUGACAAAUUAACUCGUACUCUGCCAAAACAGCUAAUAUGUGUAGCCACUGUUGCUGACAUUCUAGGAGAUCGUUUACGAAUUCAUUUUGAUGGCUGGACAGACGAUUUCGACUAUUGGACUGACGUUACAUCGACCAAUAUACAUCCUAUUAGAUGGUGUGAUAACAAUGGUCGUGUUUUAUCUCCUCCCAGCGGUUACAAUGAUUUUAAAGGUAAAAAACCUUUUUCGUGGACCGAAUAUUUAAUGGAAACAAAGAGUGAACCUGUUCCCGAAGAGGCGUUUGUUCGACGACCACUGCGUGAUUUUAGUAUAAACAUGACAAUUGAAGUUGUCGAUCUCGUUGUUCCGUCACUAAUAAGAACCGCUAAGGUAAUAGAUGUUAAAGGGGAUGAAAUAAAAAUACUAUAUGACGGUUUUCGGAUCGCCUACGCCUAUUGGGUUGAAGAUGAUAGUCCAGAUAUUCAUCCGGUCGGAUGGGCUGUGCGGACUAACCAUCCUCUCGAGAUACCACCAGUUGAGAAUAAAAUACAAAUCAACGGUACAGAUUUGUGUAGAACAGUUGGGUGUAGUGGCAAAGGUCAUGCAAAUAGUUUGAAAGCCAAUCAUAGUUUGGCAAAAGAUUGCCCUUAUGAAUUGGAUUUGUGGAAAAAAGCCGUGGCAGGACUUGCGAAAAUACCCGAUAGGAUAAAAACAGAAGACGCAAAAAAAUGUACAAUCAGUUCGAAAUCUCAUUUUCAACACGUAGAAGAGAAAAAGAAACCCAAAUAUUCUAAUUUCAAUGAAAACGUGUUUAAACAAAAAAAUAAGAAUUCACAAAAUAAACGUAAUGCUGAACAUAAAAACAUAAGUGUUAAGCAAAACACCGUGAAUGUUAACAAUUUAGAACUCCGCCAAGAAGUUGGGCUAUCUGUUAUAACCAACGAUGUUGGUCCUUUAUCCGCAUCGAUGCGCGGUAGGGCGUGGACUAGACAUAACGCACAACUAGGUAUACCGAUGUUCAGCACUACCGAUGCAAGAAAAUGGUCCGUCGAAGAAGUGGCUUCUUACGUCGACCGGGUGGUAGCCACCAAGUAUGUAGAUCAAAGUACCGAUGACAAAUUCACUGUAUCGGAAAAAUUUGUUAAACAGAAAAUUGAUGGCAGAGCACUUUUGGUGAUGGGUCAAGACGAACUGAUGAACAUUUUGAAUAUUCCUCUGGGCCCAGCAAUUAAACUGUCCAGUGCCAUUGUAAUGUUAAGACAAAGAAUUCCUGCCUUUGAUGUGUAAUCCUAUUUAGAGUGUAGACCUAAAAAUGAUAAAUGUUAUUUUAUCAUUGUUAUUUUUGUGUUUUUGUACAUACGAUUUUUAUUUAUUUAUUAAAUAUUGUUAACUUAAAUGUAAACUUUGUACCUAUUGUAAAUGUCGCCUACAUUUUCAGAAUAGUUACCCAAAUAAUUUUAUGAAGUUAAGAAUAGAAAGUUUUUAAGGUCAAAUGCACUGAAUAGCUGUUAUUUUCCUACUUUUUAUAAUUUAUAUUAUCAACUGUCUUUGUAAAUAUUACAAUAAAAUUGUUGACUUUUUUUUGUGUACAAACAAAAUUUGUAUUGUAAUAUAUCUUGAUUAUUUAUAUAUAUAUAUACCAUUGAUGAC